AUGGACAAAUAUGUGAUAUCGGAAGAGGAGGAAGUGUAUGAUGCUGAACCACCGUUUCCUGAAUCAAUGAAAUCUGAUGUAAAAGUGAUGGAACUGCAUAAAAAUACAAAAUUCGGCAAUAUCAUCGAUUAUGUCAAUAAAUUGUUUGAGGACGAGACGAUCCGGCGAGUAAUUUUUCGUGGAGUGGGCGAUGCAGCUGAUAAAUGUGUCUCGUGCGUGGAGGUGUACAAACGUAAACGGCAGGAGGAGCUCUAUCAGUGGACCGCUCUCAGUACAGCCAAGCGGGUGACGUAUUGGGAUCCACUUGUGAAGGGGAUGAACAGGUUAAAAGUUACUGUAGACACCCCAGUGAUCUUCAUAAUGUUAUCACGUGAUCCAUAUCCAGUUGAACUUCAGUGUAUGAGUAUGCAGCAGUCAUCGAAUAAUCAGAAGAAAAUGCCGCCGAAGUUCGGGCCCUCAUCGUCAGCGAAACGCGGCGGAGCCAGGAAACAACAACAACAACAACGUGGUGGCCGAGCCAACAAAUGGGCCCGCCCUGCUAAAGCAGCAAAAGAUACUCAAGCUCAGGAAAAUCGAGAGAUUUUAGAAAAGCUGGAAAAAUUGCCUUGA